ACUUCUUCAACUUAUCUUGAGUUUUUUGGUUUCUAUUUGCUUGGAUUUCGAACUAUUUGGCUAAUUUGCAGGACUCUACCAUCACCAAUCGAACGAUGGCUCCCAAGCGAACCAAGGCAGCAUCCAGGAUCAAGCCACCAUACGCUCGGGGUGAACCAGAGGAUUACACUGUUCCCCCAACCUACCCAUGGCCACAAGAAGAGGGAACCGAGAUCUCCAUCACAGACCCGAACAUCCCAAAGUGCUCGGAGACAAGAUGGUAUAAGGAAGCCUCACGCCGCUACAACACUCUGCUCAACACCAACAUCCUCCCCACCCGUUUCGUCGACGCCGGGGCUUUGAGCGACCUAGGCCUCCAUGAGGAUUUACAUGCGGUCCUCCAUGUGCUGGAAAUAGCUGAUCUCUAUCACAGAACUCACCCGCUGUACCCUGAUCUGGUGAGGCAAGUCCUAGCCACCACGGAGUUAACUUUCAAAAGGCCCGGUUUCCCGAUCUUUGAGGAAGCCUACUUCACUUUCUUUGCGAGCGGUGUUAAGCACUCCAUCACCUUGGAAGCGCUGACUGAGGUCUACGAGAUGUCCGAGGAAUACACUCAAAUGUCCUUUCCAAGGAAGUUUGUUCCAGAGCAAGCAUUCUGGAAAUUCAUCGCUUCAGGGGAUUUCAAAUCCCGAUUAGCCAGUCAGUCUCACAUCCGUAACCCUGUUAUGUGCAUUGCUGCUAAGGUCCUGAGAAAUCUGCUCUUCACAAAGGACCAGACGUCAAAGGUGACACGUGGAGAGGUGCAGAUGCUAUGUGCCGGUGUUGAGGACGAGCUCAAAUCCUCCGACAUUGGGAUUCCGACCGAGCCGAUGACAACUAGUCUUGGUUGUGUGCUUGCUCAGAUGUUUGUGGAUAAGAAAGCCAGAGUGGUCAAGGGUUCUUUGAAGAAAGACCGCUCUGGGAGUUUGCUUACUCCUCUCUUCCGCCACUUAGAGCUUGAUCACAACGUCUAUCAGUGUAACAAGACAGCGGCGUUCAUUGAUAUCCCUUACCUGAUCAACUGCCAGAUUCUCCGCGACGAGAACACCUAUAACUUCCUCAGUCAGGACGGGAGAAACCUCUACUGCAAGCUGCCUCAACCGAACAUCAACUCGCUAAGUGAUGUGACCAACAUCUGUUUCGUCCCUGAUGCUCAGUAUCUCUGUGCCGAGCCAAAGUCAUCUUACCGUGACGAUACUAUGGACGAUGUUGAGUUUGUCCGCACAGAUGGAGGCGACAAUGCAUAUGACCUGGGUCCCCUUGAUGACAACGUAGAUGACGCCACCUACCGACGCUGGAUGGUAGAUUCUCAGCGCAAGAACAACAGCCUCAUGAAGAGGAUACUAAAGGCGAUCACUGGAGGAUGCAUGGGAGCUCCAAGCACAGCUGAACCUCGUCAAGACCAGACUAUACCAUGCAGUCAUCGUCCAGGGAAAUAGCCGGCAGGAACUGAAAGGGGUGACAAAGAGACUCCAUGGGCUACUCCACACAAAAGGAACAUGCGUUCCGUGGGCCAGUCCGGCAGUGAUGAUACUGACUAGGCAGUCUCCUAGUUCUAUCUCCAUUGUUAUAUCCGUUUGAACUAUUUCUAUUUCUGUUUUUGUUUCCUGUGUUUAUUAUUUUAGCCUUUCCUCGAAUUAUUUUCUCACCAGGGAUGGUGAGAAGUAAGUCUGGGAGAGGCGAUUAUCUGCUACUAAUCGUUUACCUUUGGUUUUUAUGUUUAGAGUCAGUCCGCUUUGAUGUUUUUAUCGAGUCAGUCCAAACUUUGUGGGAAUCAGGACCUUUUUCUAUGAUGUGUAUUAACCACCCUCGUGCUCUAAUUCAUCUUAUUCAGUGACUUAGCAGAAGCAACAGACGCACAUGUGGAUCCAGAACACCCUGACAUUACAUCAUCUUGUUCUCCAAAAGCUUUCAGCUUGUCGAGGUUACUCUGGAAAGACUUAACUCCAUCUAACUUGAACUUAAUCUUGACUGCCAUUCUUCUUGUUAUGGGCGUUAGAAUAGGGUUUAAUGUGAUCAACUCUCAGGACUUCUUAUUCUUUUUAUCCAUCUUGCUGAUCCUGAGUGACUAGCUCAUCUUUAGCUAGUACCCACCUUAAAACCCUACAGCCUUUGUUCCGCCCUAAUGCAUUUGUUAUUCAGUAUCUUAUGUGCAGAUAUGUACAAAAUGGUCGGAGAGGAAAUGAUCAACACAGUCUCUUACUCGUUGAUGCAACAUAACUUUCUGCUGAAGAAUAGGCGGAAGCACACGGAGCAGCCGCUCCGCCGCCGAUGAUCUAACUAAGAAAAGAAGAGAGACAAGAAUGAAUGGGAGGUCAAGAACUCCAGUGGCAUGUCGCUAUCACAAUUGUUACCUCCUGCUUCGUCACCAUCACCUAUGUAUUAUUCAAAAAAAAAGAAGAAAAAAAAUAUUUAUUUUAGCUUUAUGUACUUCAGAAUAAGGUGAUGAAGAAGGAGAAGAUUCUAAAAGAAAAGACAUACGCCACUGGUAAAUUAGAAGGAGUGUAAAGAAAAGAGAUGAGAACCAUGCAGAUCAGAAGAACAUGCAAAAACGAGUAGAGUCUGUGGACAUCAAUGGAUCUAUCAUCUCUUGCAAUUUUGCGCGAUAUCCUGCAUCCUCUACGUAAUUUCGUAACCCCUAAACACUGAUUAUCUCCACUUAAACACAAAAAGGCAUGUUUCAUACCUAGACCGUUACUCUAUCUAAUGUCUAUGAUGAGAAGCUCACACUACUCUUAAUUGAAUAUAAGGAGUUUUGUCUGGAAGGUUUUAACUUUGGCAGGUAUGAGAUACAGAGUAUGGAGCCGUUCUGAACAGCAGUCAGUGGAGUUCUUGGUAAGGAUGUGUCGUUUUAGCUAAACUGCUUAUAUUGUUUAGAGACUCGUGGUUAUUGUAUGGUUGCUGAGAAUAAGCGAGUUCCCACACUUUCAAACCUUUCUCUCGGUUCUUGGUACUUGAUUUUGUUUGAGGACAAACAAGGAUCUAAGUCUGGGAGAGUUGAUAUAUUGUAUUUUUGGCACAUUAUACGUAUGUCUUACUAAUAGUUUUCAAAGUUUUAUCAAGUCUUUUUAGUCCCUUUUGAGUCAUAACAAGUCUAGAGUUGUAUUGGAUGGGAAAUGGACCAGCUAGAGGAAAAGAAGAGAGAAAAGUAUGAUUUGGAGUCUUUCGCGCAUAACAGCCAACCGGAGCAGCCUGAGUGUCUGUUCCAGCGACAGAGAAAAAAAAAAAGAAGUUUCCAAAUAUUUCGGGAUUUGCCCUAGAUUUCCUAUUUCCUUCCUCUAGCCGCCUGUGGCUCCUAUAUAUAUAGUUUCCUAUUUAUUAUUUUAAACAAAACCUUAGUUUUACGCAAGAAAGACUGGAGAGAGCUUGCGAUUUGCGA